CUCUUCGUUAUAUGAUUCGCGCGUGAUGUUUUAUGAUAAUAAAUGCCGUGUUUCAAAACAGAAGUCAACAGCACUUUGAGUAAUGGACAUUUCUGAUCAUCACAUGACUGAAGUUGCCAUCAUCUGCCCUGAUGUGCACAUAGAGGUUCAUGUGAAAUCUCAGAGCAUAGCCAAGAGGUCUGACGUGAGGACGCAUGUGCUGUCGCUGCUGGAUCGACACAGCUCGGUUUUAAGGUCAUUCAAGUGGACGGAGUUUGAUGACGAAUUUCUAGCCAAAAAUGUGGAGUCAGUCACCAUUGGAGAUGUAGCUGGUCCGAAACUUGUGGAUCUGAAGGUUCACAACCUCUGUAUCCAUGUGUUUUCCCUGAAUGAUGACAGUCCGAGCACACUCACUCUGGAGGAGGAGGAGGAGCUAUCCGCUGCCAAUCAUUGGCUUCUCCCAGCUGCUGAGUUUCACGGCAUUUGGGAGAGCUUGAUUUAUGAGGAUGGCAUCAAAACACAACUCUUGGAUUAUGUUUCGACAACAAUUUUCUUCUCUGACAAAAAUGUUGACAGCAAUUUAAUUGCCUGGAAUCGUGUCGUGUUGCUUCAUGGGCCGCCUGGCACCGGGAAGACGUCUCUAUGUAAAGGACUGGCUCAGAAACUCUCCAUUCGACUGUCUGGCAGGUAUGCGCACAGCCACUUCAUGGAGAUCAACAGCCACAGUCUCUUCUCCAAGUGGUUCUCAGAGAGUGGAAAACUGGUCACGAAGAUGUUUCAGAAGAUCCAGGAGCUCAUUGACGAUAAAAGUGCCCUGGUGUUUGUCCUAAUAGAUGAGGUGGAGAGUCUCACAGCUGCUCGGAGCGCGUCCCAGGCAGGAACAGAACCGUCUGAUGCUAUCAGGGUGGUCAAUUCUGUCCUGACCCAGCUCGACCAGAUCAAACGCCACUCAAAUGUGGUCAUCCUCACUACAUCCAACGUCACGCAAAAGAUCGAUCUGGCCUUUGUGGAUAGAGCUGAUAUCAAGCAGUACAUCGGCCCACCGAGCGCCAACGCCAUAUUCAACAUCUAUCUGUCUUGUCUGGAGGAACUCAUGAAGCGUCAGAUCAUCUACCCCAGACAGCAACUGCUGAGUUAUGAGGAUCUGGGAACCAUGGACUUCAAGGAGAACGAAGUGACCCGUCUGAGCUUAAGCCUGAGGAACAUCUCCCAGAGGAGUGUGGGACUCAGUGGAAGAGCUUUGAGGAAAAUCCCAUUCCUGGCUCAUGCGCUUUUUGGAAAGACUGCCACAAUGACAGUCGAGAGUUUUCUAAAAGCGAUGGGCCGUGCCGUGGACAAACAGAGACAGGAACAGGCCAGUUUGGUCAACUGUGUUUGAGCUGAAGCAAACUGACGUUCUGCUGUCGAAUCGAAGCGGUUUCUUGUUUUUUGUUUGUCAGUUCAAUAUUUCUGCUCUGUUCACCAGCUUCAUCCUCUGAAAAUGUCCUAGAACAAACCAGUGUUGUUUAAUUUCAAGUUUGAAAGUUAAAAACCGCACUUAUCUAUAUGAGACUGUCAUCUUCUAGAUGGUAUUUCUCAAGUCCGCAUUUAUGAUUUAAAUAUAUAAACAUAUACAUUUAAAUGAUUUGAUUAAAAUGAGAAAAUUAAUUCCUUUUGUUUUUUGUUUAUUUUUUAAUUUUCACAAGAAAAAAGUUAUAUAUAUAGAACAUUUUAGGGGUUCAUUUUAUGGAUUUCGUUUUUUUAAUCAUUUUUAUGAAUUAAACGGUUCAUAAGCAUACUUUAACACUAGGAAAAAAUUAAAUAACUUUUAAACAUGAAACUAUUAUGCAAGACAUCAUUAAAGGACUUAUAAGUUCUUAUUUGGCAAAUUGAGUCAGGAAUUUUUUUUAAGAGUCUAAUUUGUAAAUUGCAUCCAGUAGGUGGCAUAAACAUGCAGGAAUUAAACCUAUGCAUGAAAUGCUUAGUGUCUUUUUUCACUCAAACAGCUCUUAUAUUAACUAUUUGAAAACCAAUUCGGAGUGCUAACAGCCUUUAUUCACACUGCAUUUGGUUUUCGAUUCGAGUCUUGCAUAUUGACAUUACGCUACAAGUUUGUACAAAUGAAAUUUCAUGAUUAUUUUGCAGUGUUUGCUACUUGGCCACUUGUUUUGUGCAAUUUGAACGCAUUAAAGUUAUAAAACACAUGUGCAUUAA